GUUAUCUAAAACACCUCAGAAGCACAGAGAAAUGGAGGAACUACUUACACCGCAAUUAAUAUCCUAAUGAAGAGCAACAGCGGUUGGAUCAUUUGGGGAAACGCUCAAUGUGAAGGAACUUGGCGCAACAAGUCGCAAGAAGGAUGCCAGCAGUGUAAACUCAAGUGGAAGUUUCUAAGAACAAAUUACAAAAUAACAAAUGAUUUGCUAACUUUACCUUCAAGGUUAGGUGUUUAUUAUUGACGCAAAUUUUGAUGUCGACAUAGUUUAAAUGUUUUGCCAAGUUUAGCGCGAGUGAUUCUUGGAAUUGCAUUGUUUUAAUUUUAAAUAUAUUUUCUUGGUAGGAUAGCAUUUUUUCCCUCUCCGUAUUCUUUUAUUAAGCAAUCCACGCAGUGAAAUGGCAAAGAUUAAUUUCGCACUGUUUGCAUAUCUUAUUGUGGCGGGACACUGUGUAGCGGUGUGCGCUCAGGCCAGACCUGAUCCGCAGCUCCGGCAGGUUUCCCACGACGUCCCCUCGGGACCCGCCUCUGCCACCGCAAGACCCGGAGGCAGCAGAAACACGUUCAUGGGUCAAAACAUGUCCAUUCCUCGGCGGCCUAGACUUCCACCGCCUCCCAUGUGCACAGGACCCACAGAAAUCCGUGACACGUUCAAGUACAUUAACACGGUGGUCUCCUGUCUUGUGUUUGUUGUUGGGAUAAUUGGAAAUUCCACGCUGUUGAGAAUAAUCUACAAUAACAAAUGCAUGAGAAACGGACCUAACAUCCUUAUCGCAAGUCUGGCUCUUGGAGAUCUGUUACAUAUAGUGAUUGCCAUCCCCAUCAAUGUUUACAAGCUCUUGGCAGAAGACUGGCCGUUUGGAGUCGGAUUGUGCAAACUGGUCCCGUUUGUGCAAAAAGCUUCGGUUGGAAUUACAGUGUUGAGUUUGUGUGCACUGAGCAUUGACAGGUAUCGAGCUGUGGCCUCCUGGAACCGCAUAAAGGGCAUCGGGGUGCCCAAAUGGACCGCUAUCGAGAUCACACUGAUCUGGGUUCUGUCCAUCCUGCUGGCGGCUCCAGAGGCCGUGGCCUUCGACAUGAUCACGAUGGACUACAAAGGAGAGCAUCUCAGGAUCUGCCUGCUGCAUCCCAUGCAGAAAACCGACUUCAUGCGGUUUUACAAGUCAGCUAAAGACUGGUGGCUUUUUAGCGUCUACUUCUGCAUGCCACUGGCCUGCACGGCCCUCUUCUACACACUCAUGACCUGUGAGAUGCUACGCAAGAAGAACGGCAUGCAGAUUGCCCUUAAUGACCACCUCAAGCAGAGACGGGAGGUGGCCAAGACGGUGUUCUGCCUGGUGCUGGUGUUCGCUCUGUGCUGGCUCCCUCUGCACCUGAGCCGCAUCCUCAAGCUCACCAUCUACGACGAGGAAGACCCCAACCGCUGUGAGCUGCUCAGUUUCUUUCUCGUUCUGGACUACAUUGGCAUAAACAUGGCUUCUGUGAACUCUUGUAUCAACCCCAUCGCCCUUUAUAUGGUCAGCAAGAGGUUCAAGAGCUGCUUCCGGUCGUGCCUGUGCUGCUGGUGCCUGCCCCCUGAAAUGCUGUCCAUGGACGAGAAGUCCUGCAUGAAGCUCAAGCCCACAGACCGGGCCUCGGAACAGAGCAACUCCCGCGUCACCAACAAGUACACCUCUACCUGAGCAUGACCCCUGCCCCCCCCCCCAUGACCCCACGAUCCCCCCGCCCUAUGUCACCUCCAAAGUCCAAAGGCACUUCACUGACUCCAGAACUCUUCAAAAAGGCUCUUGUCCAUUGCGAAGAUCGUUUUCCCCACCCGCAUCGCCCCAUUCCUUGACCAGACUGACUAUGUGAACAUUGGAGGUGGGAUUCUUCACCAAUGCCACCAAUACCAAAGAUCCUCUACAGAAAUGUAUACUUAAAGGAACUUUAAAGCCUUAUUUUUCUAGUACUCAGAACCUGGGAAAGGAGGGAGUGAUUGUGUUAUCCUCAGUGGACCGACGUUAACAACACAACACAAGGUCAGGUAUUGUUAAAACUAAGUUUGUUUUGUUCCAUUCGGUUCCAAUGACGUGGAGCUCUCAGCAACAGUAUUGAUCUCUGUUUUGACUGGUCUCUGUACAUGGAAUGCAAUGUGUUAUAGUAAUAUUAGUACAUGUUCGUGGCUCUUUGCUUGUGUUGACUGAAGCAGGGAACCUUUGGGCCAUAUUUUGGCCUCUAGCUGUUUUAGAUAUGGCUGAUUUCCGAUUAUAAGGACAGCUGGAGAUUUGGGUCAGAACUACAGAUAUACGGUUCUUUUCCAGGGCAUAUGAAUAUAAUUUUGAUUGAGUGAUCCAGUUGUUGUUCCUACAAGAACUGUGUGUUCAGAAGCACUCAAUCAGCCAUGUUCUCUAUACUCUACUGAUUUAAAUUCUGAUGUUUUUGUCAAACCAUCAAUUAUGAAUUAUAUGUCAUAAUUCAAACAUGAAUCUAUAUAAUUAAGAGGCGGCGGGCCCUAUUUAUCUGAAGUGCUCCUUGAAUAUUUUCCAUAAUUACCACAGACACAAUGUAUAGACGUUUUGUGAAUAAUUCUUGCCAAAGAAUCAGGCGUUAUGUUGUACCGAGUGCCGAUUUUAUAAAAUGUCUUAGGACAGCCACUUACUGACCCAAAGGCCUCCCUAUGGAUUUAUAGUAUCUGACAAGCAUUUGUAGUACCAACUUACAGUAAGUAGGGAAUUAAGGAAAAGGUUAUUGAAUGUGGAUAUGCACACUGAAAACAUGUGGGGAGGGUGUAUUUUCUUUAUCAAAUGUUUUACAUAAGUUUUUGUAUGCACUUUUACCGUGAGAGCAUAACAUUCAUUUCUACUGUGUGGGACAAUGUGGUUCCUUUAAAUGGAAGCCAUGUUUAAAGCAGGGCAGACACUGUGCACAUUUGCUUUGCUGUGUACAUGAUAAUUCACAUGGCACAUUUCAAUCUGCCACAUUUGCUGUGCUCACACUGCCAAUACACCUGGCAUGCAAGAAAUUCAACCCGAUCGGUUCGAAACUGAUUGUUUCGUCUUCUAAUCGGGCAUCAAAAGCCUGCUGAAAACUGCACAACAAAACAGCAAUUUGAAUUCUGAAGUUUGUUGGGUCCAGCUGAAUCAGUGGAUGGGACUUACGUUGUACAGUGUCUGCCCAACUUAAUGAGUUUGUCUAGUGCUGUCAAAUCGGAAAUGACCUUCAAGCCAGAUUUGAUGAAUUGAUGGUAAACUAAUAAGAAUAUUUAGUUUUAAUUUUGAGAAAUUAAUAGCAGCUCUUAAUUGUUUAAAGAAAUAUAUGACGCUACUUUUAAAAAGUAUCAUAUCAUAAAUGUUCAAACAACCAUAAACUUUUGAUGUCAUUAUAAAGUGUAUUUCCAUGAUAAGAAGACAUUUUUCAUAUUAGUUACCUUUUGUAAGUAUAUUUGAAAAGAUGGCCACAUUUUACUUGAACAGUCCACCCACAGAUUAUCUACAGAUGCUCAGAUUAUCACCAAACUAUUUUACAUAUCGAACCUGAAUCUAAACCAAUGAUCUAUGAGCAAAUCUGAACCAAAGUCUCUGUAGGUGGACUAUCCACGUAAGGUGUUACCGAAAAGAUUACUGAUGUAUACACUUGUGUCUCUAAAGGGUCGCCAUUUUAUAACUUGUCUGCAAAUACAAGGACAUUCUAUUGAAACCAAGCUUUUCAUUGCUCUUACCAAAAACACAAUAAAACAA